GAUAUAUCAGUGCCACUGAACAUUCUUUUUACUUGCUUCGACUAAUUUAAUAAUAACAGUGAACUGAAAAAAAACACAUUCAUGAAAAAAGAAAAUUAGAAACAAGAUUUUGCGCCAAACACUUACUAUGACACAAAUCGAAUAACGUCGAGCAUGUGACAAAGUGGAGCAUAAUUAAUGAAUGUAAGAAGAAGUAGAAAACUUGACUAAAAAAAUACACUUGAUUAUUUCAUGCAUAGAAAACUUGAAUUUCAAAAUCGAUUAUAAAUUUUUAAUUUGCCAUGAACAAUUUUUUGAAUUGCUUAAACCAAUUAAGUUCGACACUCAUACAUUCGCGCCAAAUGUGUGUAUAAUUUGUGUAUUGAUUUCAAACAGACAGUUAUUCAAGCCCAGGACUUCAAUGUUUAUCUCUUGUGCUUUUUGUGAGCUGAUCUAAAAAGUUAAGAACUUUUCAACUACUUUGGGUGUGAUUUUUUUAGUUUUGAAUAUUAAAAAAAAGAAUUUGGACUGCUUUGGAAACGACCAAUCAAAAUUGUACUCUGUCAAAGCUACCUCACGAUUGAAAACCUGAAACCGACCAAAAAACGAAUUACACAAAUCGUUGGAUACCUGCAGCAAAAAUAUCAAACAAAAAGCAACAUAAGAAAAACCGUGUGUACGUGAAAUAAAGCAAUAAUUCAGAGCUUUGUCUCAAUAUCUCGCCUUUGGAACGUAUACAAUAGCGGCACCAGUGGCGAUAUUCAACAAAUUUUUCUUCAACCAGGAUAUGAUAAAUAAAAAUUAAGGUGGCUGGAGUAUCAGCGACCACGGAGCAACAAUCGGCUCCGCCAGCUUUAAUACAGGGUGGCUCAUCCCUGCGGCUUGCUGAUGAGCAUCACAUGUCCAUUACCGCUACUGAAAAUGCAGGGCUCGGGCCUUGUGAACUUCCACUACCCGAACAGUGGUUAUCGCAUACAUCAGCAUCACAGCUAUCGCAACAGUCCUUAAAUUCACUGUUGUUAUCACCACGUGCUGCAAAUAAUAAUAAUAAUAUCAAUACAAAUAAUAAUAAUAUAACAAACAAUAACAACUUUAAUAUACCGCAACAACAGACACAAGUGCAACAAUCACCGAAUAAUCAACAAAUUAAUCAGAAUUCUUCGAAUCAGACGAAAAUAAUGAACGCGGUCGCAUCGGCAGUGGCAUGUCCACCAGCUGCAUCGAAAAAAAUUCGAAGACGCCCAGAAAAUAAGCCACAAUCACAAAUCAAUAAAUGUAAUAAUGAAAAACGUCGACGCGAACAAGAAAAUGAAUACAUCGAACAAUUGGGCGAAUUUAUUCACAUUAAUAAACGGGACAUGAAUGCUCCCAAACCUGACAAAGCAGCUAUUUUAAAUGAAGUUGUAAAACAUUACAAUAAACUCUGUGAAAAGAAUAAUCGCAAGUGCUCACCAACUUGUUCUGAUUCGUGCACGAUUCAUCCGGUGCAACAAGGAGACGUCUCAUCAACUGAAUCCCAUUUACCGGAAACAUCGUUGAACGGUUCAUCAAAUCCAGAUAUUUUAGCCCAAUUCGGUGCACUCGAGCACUAUUUAUCGUCAUUCGAUUUGGCAUUAAUUCAAAUCAAUUCGGAAGGUAUCAUUGAAACGGUGACAGAAAAUAUCAAAGAUCUAAUCCAUUUCACAUCGUCUGAUCUAUUGAAACAACCAAUUUAUUCGUACCUGCAUGCUGGCGAUCAUGGUAAAUUGAGCCCAUUGCUGAAUAAUAUGUCAUUUCAAUUGAACAGCUGGGAUCGUCAAGAUGAUAAUCAAUCAGCACAAAAUAAACGUACCAUACAGAAACGCAUCCGUAUGUUGGUAAAGCAUCCAGAAAGUAGUACCGAAACUAUGGAAGAAAAACAACAACGUCAAGAUAAAUAUGAAGAAAUUAUGUUGCAUGCAACAGCAACAUUUAACAAAGAAAACGGCGAUGUUACUUCACCAGUUUUAUGUUUAUUACAACGAGCUGACGACGAACCAUCGAUUGAAUCAACGAUGCAACAACAGCAAACCCAACAACACCAAUUAGAACAAAUAACAUUUCGUUUAGAUCCAUCGGGCACUAUAAUUAAAAUGAAUACCGAAAAAUUGCGAAAAUCAUAUGCGCAAUCACUAACCAAAGAAAAUUGCCGAACCAUUCAAGAUAUCACACAUAUUCAGGAUUUAUCAAAAUUACAGGACCAUUUAAGGGAUCUUAUACAAUGUAAAGGGCCAGCACAAUCGUUGCCAUAUCGUAUUCGUUUUGGUCAAGAUACGUAUGUGUAUGUAAAGGCAUGUUCACAAUAUUAUCAAAAUAGUAAACCAAACGAAAGUGAUUUUAUUAUGUCACUGAAUACGUUGCUCAACGACACCGAUUUCUCCACAUUUGAGACGAAUUCAAACAAGACGACGAUGUCACAUGCAAGUACGAGUCAAAUUAAUGCACUCAAUUCAAAUAUUGGCGGUCCAUUGAUGACAACCGUUAUGAAUGGUUCGGGCGUUGUACAAUCAAUGCAAAAUCAAAUGCAAACCGAUACGAGUUUACAGCAGGAUAACAUUUAUAAUGCAGAUUCAUUUGAAUUUUCAUUCCCUGAUACAUUCGAUAUAAAUGGCAUGGAAUCGGUUGGCAUUGUAUGGGACACAAGGCCGGAUUCGAGAGCAAGUGUCACACCGGUUGGUACACCACGACCCGCAUCUGAAUUCAGCCCGAUUGCGAGUGUAUGCCAAUCACCAUUGACUGGCUAUCAUACUUCUCAACCAAGCCCAUUACAGAAUCACAACAAUAAUAAUAACAACAAUACAAAUAACAACAAUAAUAAUAGUAUGUUGUACAAUAACAACAAUCACAUGCCGAAGGCGCCUACAACAGUAUCUCAUAUGACGACACAUACGUCGAAUACCGUGUCUCCAAUAAUGCAACAGCAGCAGCAGCAGCAACAACAACAACAACAACAGUCGCAGCAACAGCAACAGACACAACAACAGAUUUCAUCCGCUUCACACAAUUCGGAGCGAUUACGAAAUCUGUUGACCACAAAACGACCGCCAAAUGCUAUUGCUCCGGGUGGCGAAAGUGAACAAGACCAACGUACUGUGGCUCACAAUAAAAUACUGAAAGGUCUUUUGGAUGCUGAAGAAGAAAAAGACAAUGUAAAUAAUACAUUUGGAAAUAAAAUGAAUAAUCCAAAUCAAACGACCCAACAGCAGCAGCAGCAGCAGCAGCAGCAACAACAACAACAACAACAACAGCAGCAAAGACUUGGUAAUCAACAACGGGCGGGUGGCAGUGAUACGAAAUCGAAUGAAAAUCCCAUGCUGAUGCAUCUUUUAAAUCAUGACGAUGAUAAUAUGGAUGGUCGACCGUCAAAUCAACGGAACAACAGUGAAUUGUUGAGACAACUACAAAAGGAAGACACGCCCAAGGAUCAUCAUCACAACAUGAAUCCCAUCGGUAAUGAGGAACUUAUUCAAAUGCUUCGGUUUCAGGGUAACGAUUUUCCGAAUCGUAAACGAUCGUCAAACGAUUCCGAUGACAGUCCAUUGGCAAAACGAACUGAAGAUAAACCAUCAAAACUGCGUGAAAAGAACAAAAUGUUGGCAUCACUUUUGUCGAAUCCAUCAAAAGCACCAACUACAUUCACCCCGAUUCCUGUAGUGAAAACCAUUCCUGACAUAACACAAUCGCGAAUAACCGAUUCGCAACGUGGAUUCCAGCAACAACCGUCACCAAAUACAACGAAAUUGACUCCACAACAGUUGAUGAAUUUGCAACAGCAACAAUUAAAUCAAAGAACGCCACCGCAAACACAAAAUAAUCCACAGAUGCGCAAAACGGCCACAUCGAUAAUGCAACCGGCAAUAACGCGGCCACAAGAAUUCCAUUUUGAUACUGGCGCAUUUGCCACGUCAACAGCAACAACACCAGUUCAACCGAGCGGUGUUGGUGAUACCGAAUUGGACGAUAUUGUAAACAGUGUGAUUGAUUUGUUGCCCGAAUAUCCGGGUAAUAAUAUGUUGGGUGGAAUGGGGCUGGAAUCGUCAUCAAGUCAGCCAAGCCAACAACCGCAAAAUCAGGAAGAAAUGGCCAUUAAUGCCAUCACUAAAUCGCUUAUGCAAAUCGAAAGUACUGGCGUAUUCAAUAGCAGUCCACCCGCAUAUUCAAUGCAUAAUGUCAACACCACAUCUCAAGGUUUUCCACCGCCACCAGUUUAUACGCAACGAAGAAAUGCUGUCGGAAAUACAAACAACACCACAAACACAAAUUCACCACAAUCCACUCCAGCCAUGCGGCUACAAUUCCAACAGCAAAUGCAACGCGAAGCAUUACUUCAACAACAACAACAAAAGGAACGCCUGUUGCAACAACAACAGAAACAAUCUCUCGUUGUGCCAGUCAGUGCAACCGCAAACGAACAACUAUAUAUGAAUUCGGGAAUGUCAAGUUUUGAGCUAUUGAACAAUGUGCCGCCGAAUGUUUCACUACAACGAAGUACGAAUGUUGUGCCUGAUACACAGUUAAGUCCAGGAUUCUCGCCGAAUUUGUUGCAACAACAACUUAGCCCGAAUCAAAGGGCACCAUUUAGCCCACAAUCAAAUCAAAGUAUUGGCUAUCAAUCAUUUACUACGAACGCUGGACAAAAUCAGAUAUCACAACAGCAACAAUUUUCUCAGGGGAACCAAACUCAGCCACAGCAAACACAACCGAAUCAACCUCAAACACAAUCGCAAUGGAAUGCGUCAACUAUACAAUCUCGUUUAUCCGUGCAACAACAACAGAAUCCAAUGUUGAAUGCACAAUUACAGAGUGGAUAUAGUAAUGCAGCUCGACAAUUCCAAGCACAACGACAGCGUUCACUCAAUUCUCCGGUUACGCAAAAUUUGCGGCAAAAUUCAUUUUCGGAUGGUUUCACCGAACCACCAAGUCCGACGACACAAAAUUCAUACGCUCCAAAUAUGUUCAAUAACCAACAGAUGCGAAUGGCACGACAACAAAGUAUACCGAACGCAACACAGCAUCUGCCUGGAUCGCCACGCCCUUAUUCAGAUUCCACAUACAUGAUGUACAAUAUGCAUUCGUCUGGAACAGCUAAUGAUUACUAUGGUCGUACACAGGGUGUGAAUAAUGCCGGACAUUCGUCAGAAUUUGUGCGUCGCGAAUUACGAACGAUGGUGAACGAGCGAACCAUGAACAAUGCAAGACCGCCACAAAGUCCGAUCGGACAAAAUGCGAUGAUGGUACCGAAUGCCAAUGUAACUGUCAAUAAUAAUAUUAACAGUAACACAAAUAAUGUGUCAAUGUCAAUGGCUGUGCAACAACAACAACAGCAGCAACAGCAGCAGCAACAGCAGCAAAUGAACUCCAAUUCAAUGAUGAACACAUCGGACAUGGCAUUUUACGAUCAAAUGACUCUACCGACAACUGGUACAACAGUUCUAGACACAAAAACCACAGCUUCUCAAUGGACAAGCGGAGAAACCGCUGCGACGAGGUCGAGUAUUUCGGAGGAGCAAAUCGGUGACCCUAAAAACUCAUCGCUGCUGCUUCAGAAACUGUUGUCUGACUAAAUUGAAAUUUUGCGGGAGAAAACAAAGUGAACACUGAAAGUGACCUAAAAAAACCCAGCCACAACGCUAUACAUCAAAUUGAAAAGAAUUUUCGGCUUGCGUUCUGCCAAAAACACAAGAAAAAAUAUUGAAAAUCAUCGAUGCUGAUGUGAUUUGCCGCAUACGUGCAAGUCUUGCAAUAUCAAGACCCAUGUAAAAUAACCAGAAAAAAAUCGGUUGCAAAAAAAAACUAAAUAAAACUAGAAAAAGUUGACGAAUUUUCGGAACGUGGAAAUAAAAUUUAAAAAAUUGAAUAAAUGUGAUGUGAUGUUGAUGUCUUAAGUUUUAUGUAAAUAUGUAUUAAAACAUAUGUGUAAAGUAAUAAAAGAAAAACAAAAAAUUGUAUAGAAAAAAAAAUGCAUGUGGCAUGAACAGAUUGUAUGCAGACAAAGAUUACUGCGCAAAAUAUUGCUGUCUUUGUCUUGAAAAACCAUACAAGAAAAAAAAAAAAUCUAAAAAAAUAUGAAAGUUAGUUGAAAAAAAAAAAAAAAAACAC